CAGCUUCCUCAACAUGGCAGCGCCCUUGUCAGUGGAGGUGGAAUUCGGGCCUCAGCCUGCUUCUCUAUGAAAUGGAGUUAAUAAUAUCUGCCUCCCUCCCAGUUCUUCCCUGGGAUGCCUUGAGGAUGAAAUGAGAGGUGGUGCAGAGCUCCUUUUUGAUGGUGUAAAAAAACAUCAAGUCACCUUGCCUGGGCAGGAGGAGCCCUGGGACAUCCGGAACCUCCUCAUCUGGAUCAAGAAGAAUUUGCUAAAAGAGCGGCCAGAGCUGUUCAUCCAGGGAGACAGUGUGCGACCAGGAAUUCUGGUGCUGAUUAACGAUGCCGACUGGGAAUUGCUGGGUGAGCUGGACUACCAGCUGCAGGACCAGGACAGUGUCCUCUUCAUCUCCACGCUGCAUGGAGGCUGAGGGUCCCUCUCUUCCUCGGCACCCUUAUGGGGGAGAACGGAACAGACAAACAUCCCCUUGGACCCAGCUUCCAGGUCUCCCUGUCCCCUGUGGCUGCCUUCUUCCCUGCUCUAUCCCCCAAGCUCCCUCCAGGCAGGGAAAAGAGGCCAGGUGCUAAAAAUGAGCCUUUCUCAGGCACGUGAGCAGGGGAAAGCAGGCAGGCAGGCUCCUGAGCCCAAGGCUCCUUCCCAGCUGAGGUGGGGGAGGGUGCCCCUCUGGUGCGUCUGGAGCAGAGGGGGGCUGUGUGGCCAGGUGACCCAGCUGUCUUCCACUCCUGUCUCAGUCUGAGCACUGAGUGACUGCCCCGAGGAGGCACUCCAGCUCAUGGGCCACAUUUGUGGAGAUGAAUGGACCUGAAUAACUGAUGGGAGACCCCUCCCUUCCCAAAGACUGGAGGAGUCUCCGCCUCAGUUUCCCCAUCUGGAGAGCAGAGGGCUCUGUCUGUCCCCCACUGAUAUCAUUAUGGAACCCCAGCUGGGGUCCCCUAUUCAAUGCUGACUCCCUCCCCCUCACCCAGCAGCUGCUCUCCCAGCCACACCCCUCCUCCUGCUCCCCCCACCCCCAGCCCUUGACCCUGGCUGGCCUCCCCCACACACACAGGCCACCAGAUGGGCUCCUGAGACCCUCACCAGGCUGCCUAUAGUUCAUUCUUCUGGGGGUGGAGGAGAGGAAGUAGCCCAACCUCCAAUUGGCCAAUAGGCCUGGGGGAUUGAGUGUGCCUCAGUUUCCUUCUCUACGAUAACUGAAUAUUCAUAAUAUCUGAAAGCCGAGGAGAUAUUCGAUGGCGAAGAUGUAAAGUCUAUGUCCCUUUCCACCUCCUGCAGAAAGCAAGGUGAAGGCAGGCAGCACUUGGUAGACAGAGUGGUUUGCCCCUCCUCCCUAUGUCUGUUUUGAAGUCUGGGGUCUCCGUGCCUACAACAGCUGGCCUUGAGCAAAUAAAAGACUAGGUUGUUUACUA